AUGGAGAUGGAUCAGGAGGAGAAGACAGAGAAGAACGGAGAGAAAAACGAGAGCAUGUUGGAGGAGAGCUUUCUCAAGAACCUUUACUUCUUCAUGAAACAGAGAGACACGCCCAUCGAGAGGAUCCCUCACCUGGGCUUCAAACAGAUUAACCUGUGCAUGAUGUUUAAAACGGUGAUGGAGUUAGGAGGAUAUCAUCAGGUAACGGCUCAGCAGCUCUGGAAGAAGGUGUACAAUAUUUUAGGAGGGAACCCCCGCAGCACCAGCGCAGCCACCUGCACCCGCCGACACUACGAAAAGCUCCUUCUACCUUACGAGUAUCACUUAGCCGGAUACGGAGACGACAUUCCCAUCACGCCGUCUCGACAGCGCAAACGCUUCCGCUACGAUGAUGAUGACUACAGCCCGAGUGCUAAAUGCCAAAGCUACACCCACCUUCACCAGUUUAACCAGUUUGUCCCACCAGUCCCCAUAACUCUACCAAGUUAUUUAGCGGUAUCGCUGCCCACCAUCCCAACCCUUCCUUCUCCACUCCCCGCUCAACCCACGGGGCCGUACGGUCCCUCGCUACCCAGCGAGACGGGAAGCGUGAAACAACCGCUGGAGUUCCUGCGUCACCUGGCUCAGGAGUACAAGUCAUCGUCGGGCUGGACGGAACCCCUGAACCUCAGCAAGAAACCCAAUCGGCUCGAGACGUCCGGCAACGUGCCGUCCGGCAACGUGCCGUCAUCGUUCGCUCCUCUGGCCGCCGCGAAGAAAGAGCCCAAGUUCCUCAACGAAGCUCCGACGUUUCAUCCAGGCAAACCGUCCAUCCAAGGAAUCGCAGAGGCUGCAAAAUCGAAGAGCACGGAGGAACCGAAUGCGUUCACUCCGUCUUCCCCCAGUGCUCCAAAUCUGUGGACGACGACCCCAAGUUCCACUCUCCACGCCUCUCAGAGGAUAAAUUACCCCACUGCAGUCCAAACCAAUUCCCCCGAGCAGAGCAUCCAAGCCUUAGGGACCAAAUCCGCCUCACCGAGCACGUCACUGUCCAGCGCAAGAUCCACAAACUCCAGCUUUCCACUGGAUCCCUACGGUGGAAUGGAGAUCCAGAUUCCCCUGUCCUUACUUCAGACCUGGAUCAAGGAUGGACUGAUACUCAGCUCAGCAUCCAACCAACAGAAGAUCCCACAAUCCAAACCCAACGAUGCUCCUUCACCGCCUGAGAGAACACCCUCUAAAACAUCCGACGCCUUUUUAUUCGAUUAUCCGGCAGAUCUGAGCCUGAAGAACCACCAGAGAACCAGCACCAAGUCCGACAUCAGCAAGGACGUCAUCAGAUCCGGUGAGAGCCGAGCGUCCGAGAACAGUCGGUUCAGCCACGUUAAACCCUUACAAAUACCCGAACAGUCAAGACUCCCUUUCUACAACCACGUUCCUUUCUUCAAACCUUCUGGCCUUCAGGAGAUGUCCAUUAAGCCUGGUCAUUCUGCAACUACAAGGAUUCAGGAGCAACCGGGGUUAAAACCGCCAACCCAAGCUAAAGACGGACCACAGACUGGAGCCGCGAAAUCUAAGGAGACGCCUGAGAAAGCACCGGCCAGUUCUCUGUUCGGUAAAGACGUGACAUCCGUACCGCUCGUCCACAUCAGUCCAGAGCAUUUAAAGAUGCUCUUCUUGAGCUCACCUCUCAGAUUCGAGAGAGAGAAGAUAUGCUAACGGACGCAAUCAGACGUCUGAUGAUCAGAUUCUCUGCAUUUGUACUAUGAUCCUGAGAUCAGAGAACCAGGACAAUAGUCAGAUGAUACUGGACUCUGAUUGGACGUUCCGAGCCUAAAAGCUUCAUAUUAGAAAUUGGUUUUAUUACCGCCGGUGUGGACGGAGCCGAGCGGAAUGAGCUGGACUGUCUGAACUGGACUUUUGAAGUACUGAUAUUACUGCUGAUGAUUACUGCUGCAGGUACGCCCUCUGCUGGCUGAUCGAGGUGCUGCACAGAGACGGGGGAUAAUGGAGAUCAGUGCAUGACUCUCCGUGUGUGAUACGGAUCUCCGUAUGAACCCCGGUGCAGGUGAAAAUAAGCGGUCGGUGCUGCACGCGUGCCGGAGUGGGCGUGUGUUAAUCACGACGCUCCUCAGUCAGCAGUAGAGGUGAAAGACCAUCUGGAAAUUGGAUAUGACUCGAUUGGGAAGAAAAUUUGGAGGAAAAUGCAAAAAUAAAUAAAUAAAUAAAUAAAUAAAACGAGCUGCAGUUUGAUCAUGUUUGAACUGUGAUAAAUCAGCUGCAUGCCAACGAGAGUCCUAACUGAGUGUGAUGGCCUGCAAAAAAUCAUCCAAAAACUGCAGAACCAGAAUCAGAUACAUCAGAAAUAAAUAAAUAA